AUGUCGGUUCCACUCACAGAGGAGGAUCUGCAUGACUUGUAUGUGUGGGUUGAUGAAAUACCCAUUUCCCGCCCCAAGCGGAAUAUUACCCGCGACUUCAGCGAUGGUUGCUGCGUGGCUGAAGUCAUGAAGUUCUUCUUCCCAAAGCUUGUCGAACUGCAUAACUACGUGCCUGCUAUGUCACAGUCAAAGAAAAUAGAGAACUGGAAUACCCUCAACAACCGAGUGUUUCGCAAACUCCACUUUGAGGUGGCGCGGGAUGAAAUCAGCGACAUCACAGCGGGGGUCCCAGGCGCCAUUGAGCGGUUCCUCCGUGCAUUGCGAACAAAGAUUUCUGAGAUCAAAGCCCGCCGUGAGGAAUUGGCAGCUGCGGAGGCGCUGACAGGCGUGCCAGGAACGGGGCUCUCCCCUUCACGGUUUCGUUAUGGUGCACGGCAUGCGGACAGAGCUGGCACGGCGGGAUCCACCUUGUCUGCGCAUGAUCGUAAUGUAGAAAAUGAAGCGGAACGAGGACAGCGCGGGGGCAGCAAGGUAGGAGUCACAUCCGGUUACGCGAACACGCAAGGACGCUCUAACGCUGCCCCAAACGUGAAAAGUGGAUUUGACCAGCGGAACGGGUCAGCCAGAACGAGUGGUAGUGUGGACGACGGUAUUGACAGCAGGACAGCUGCCAGCCUCCGUCAGUUAUUUGAUGAAAAGGACCGAACUAUAGCUGAGCUCCGUGAGACUGUUGGCCUGCUCAGUGAGAAGGUGAUGAAGCUAGAAGAACUCGUUCGCUUGAAGGACAAUAAGCUGCAUGACUAUAGGAGCACAUUUGGUCACAUGUGA